AUAUGUAAUAGUCAGCCAACAACUACACCGGAAGGUAUAUCUACAUUAAAGCGUAGCUCAACUGAAAGUGUAUGUGUUGCUGCUGUUCUAGUACAGUUAUUAAUUUAAAUAAUUUUUUCACAACUUAAACUAAUUUAGCUAUGAGUGUAAUGGAGCGUGUAGCGCAAGCAAAACAAUUAUCAAAUUAUUUUAUGCGUUUGAAAAUAAAUAAAAAUUCGGCGUCCUCAAAUGAAAACAACAACAGUUGCGGCCAUAUACAGCAGCCUGAGCAAAGGCCAAGAGAAAUAGCAAAUAACAAUGCCACUAGUGAACCCCGUAGUCCGCCAAAAGUGAUAACCCCACGUGGAACUCAAUCCCUGCCUACGGAGUUGUUAAAGAAAAGGAAGCGUUAUCAGAGUAGAGUACAGCCUUAUGUCUUUCCGACUCAUGUUAAGGCGCGAAAAAGUUUAAAAUUUUAAAAUGUGGGACGUGACGAUUAAUCAUACAAUGCUAAAUGGAAAUAAAAACUAAAUUCAGUGUAAAUUUAAAAGAUUAGAGAAGAAUAUUUUGUUUUAUUAAACUUAACAAUUUUGAAUAGAGAAAAAAUUUACAGAUAUUGAUGUGUUAUGGUGAUUUUAGGAGGUUAGAUGUACUUGGAGGCAUUCGAAAUGUACUAUUUUAAAUAUUUUUUUUUUGCCAGUCAAUUAUUUUAUUUUAUCAAACUAAAAUCAUCUUAAAUAAAGUUUCGACUUUACGUGACAGAAAUUUGAAAAAAAACUAUUCAUUUUAAAAGUAAUGACUGUUUGUGUUGAUUUAGUUCCAACCAAAGCUGUUGAGGUGAUGCUCACUAAUAAUCGAAGAUUAAUCUCAAACCAAGCAGACAUAUUACGCACUAAAAAGUGCGAAAUUGUAUAUUAUUCUCUGAAAGUGCUAAUUAUCCCCAACCCUUUAAUGUCUCAUUACAAAUUUUGUCUUAUGAAUCCUCUGUCUACACACUGUUCGCUUUUUUGUGAAUUGUGUUUUAGCUCUCCAUUGUGAAUUUUUUUUACACUGUAAAAGAAGCAGUACGUAAACAAUAUAAUAAAAUUUAACCAGUUAAUGUAUCAUAAAUAGCAAAAGUUAAAAGUAAAUCAUAUUAAAAUUACGAAAUCUAACUUAAUAUAAUAUGGAGACGGAGCUACCCUCAACAAGCGCAAGUGCUUUGGCGGCUUGUAGUUCUAGUGCCAGCAGCAGCGCUGAAAUCCUAGACUUCGCCGAACUUUCGCCGGAGUUGCUGCAGCGCAAAUUAUACUUUCUAGUGGAUCAGCUAAAGCAAAUGCAUGCACAGCUGCCAGAAAAUUACCAAAUACGAAUAUCAUAUGAGCUGCUUACAGAGCUAGCCAAUUCGCUGCUAAACGAUACAAUCUUUGAAAUUGUCAAAGGUCUGAUGGAAAUACAAAAUGUCACAGAGAAGCAUUUGUUAACACUACGCAAACAAGUGGAAACUGAUUUUGAGCUAGAAAUGCAAGAGUGGCAUAGUAAAAUUACCGAUCCAGAGGAAUUAAGUCACAUUGAACAACUUAUGCAAGUGAAGCAUAGCAAAAAAAUGCGUGAGACCGAUAUGAAAUUGAUUGCAUUGCUAGACCAGAAGGUGCGAGAUCAGCAGAGCACGCUACAUAAAGCUGGCGUCGCUGGCUUUUAUGUCACUGAUAAUCCAAAGGAAAUCAAAAUACAAAUGUUUCUGUUGGAUUUCAUUAUUCGAUUGAGCAGGGUCAAAUUUGAGCCAAACAAAUAACAGGAGGAGUAAAACGUGGCUUUCACGUUACCUCAGCAACUAGUUAAUUAAUAUUUAUUUUAUUUUGUAAUGUACUGGCUGCUGUUAUCUUCUUUUUUACGACUAUUGUAUGAAAUUAGAAAAUCUGUUGAAAUUAAUAAGAAAGGCGAUUAACUAAAAAGUGCUAAUUCAUGUUAUUUGCAGAGUCGGUAUAUAAACAACUCAGUUCUCAUACACAAAAAAUUAACUGAGCUAAGUACGGCGGAUAUUCCAAAUAAUAAAAAUUAAAAAAAAAAAAAAUAUUGCGAAAAGAUAAGGCAACUUUUAG